UUCAUUGGCUCUUCGAUUUUUUUAACCUCGGUAUUGUGUCCCUUAGUAACCAAAAUAAAGACAGUGAAAGGCUACUACUUUCACUUACGGAACACCAAGGAUUAUGUAUAUUUAAAACUCUUUUUAUAUAAUGACAGCCUUCAACCGUUAGUGUAAUGGCUAAAGUUUCCACCAAUAACGUUGGGAGUUGGUUUCCAACAGGAUAUUAUGGGCACUAUCGAAGCAGAGUUCGGACAGAUUUUUUAAAUGAAUAUAGACAGUUAGCUAAGCCACAGCCACCCAAUCGAUUUAUUCAUCGUGCCUCUCAACCUGUAACAGCACAUGCGUUCUCACUCCAUGACAAUAAGAAUGCAUCAAUUGUAGAUGCCUCCUACUUUGAACAAGGCUUGGGCAGAAGAAGACUUCCAGAAAAGUCUGGGGGUUUUGAUCCUACAUUUAUAGCAUGGUGCCCUAAUAAGAUAAAUAUGAAAGCAGGAAGGCCUUUGACAUCUACAUAUAGACAUGAUUUUCGCUUGGAGGAAAGCAAUUUUCAAAUGCUUGUCAAACGGCCAAAAACUUCCUUUGAUGGUCCACCAACAACCACCUAUCGCACAGUGCAUGGGGCUGAUGCUCCCAAUCGAGACUUAAUUAAUGCAAUGAACAAUGAAGCAUUAAUGCUCACUACACAGCACAGGCAGAGGCAGGCUAGAUUGAGAAAAUCUGAUUACAGGGAGAGUGUGGCAUCUUGUCUGUCUUGGUAUCGUCCUAAAGUUCCUGCUGCCACCUUGUACACAAACUACACCGAUAUUGAUCUCAGGCCAGUCCAGCAGGCAAACACUUGCCCUAUUUCAGCAGGUAGCACCGUUGAAAAUCAAGACACCUCUUCCCCUCUUGAAACUGGAGCUGUUGUAAAUUAACUAUUUUAAUGACUCAUCUGAAAGUAAAGCCCACAGCAUUACCAAAUGAAUUCAUACCAUCCCUUACUUUUCAUCUGAUAAUCAAAGUAUGUCGGCAAUAUAUCUAAAGAAGGUGUUUUUUUUUUAAAAAGAAAAUGUUUAAUUUUUUAGAAAAGUAACUGUAAAAAAAUGAACUGUCUACAGGGGUGUACUGGGUAUCAAAAUCGGCAAAGGCAUUUCUAUACCAUCCGGCCCAUAAAUUGUAUAUUAAAUUUAUAUGAUGGACAUCCAAUUCUACCCUGUCUUCAAAAUCAUUAUUUUAAGUUUGAUUAUUAAUAGCUGUACACAUGCAUACAGUGAACACUAUAUCCUUAUAAGGAAUUUAGGCCUUAUGUUGCUUUUUAAUCGCAAAGUGUGUAGGCCCUAAAAGGAUGAAGCCUUUUAGUAGCUACGUCUACGCUACGGAUGUAGGUUAUUACAUUAUUUUGGAAAAUGAGUUAGAUUAAAUUAGUAGGCCCAGUAGUGUCUGAAAUAUAUUUUUUUAAAUAUGUCGCUUAGAUGGCCCCUUUUGUAAGAGAAUACUAUAAAAGCUUUAACAAUUUAAUACAUACCAUAGUGGCAUCUGUGCAGCUCUUAUCUUUAGGUAAAGAAAUGAAAUCAAAUACCAUUACUACCAGCUGAUUAAAAUGUUAUAUAUAAAUUAAAUUACACCAAAUAUUUAUUGUUGCUCUCUCUAUAUCUCUAUAUAUUUAUAGACUACAAUUUGUUUUUAAUUCAUUCAUCAGAAACUAGUGAAUAAAUUAUUGUUAAUAUUAGUAGUUUUGAAUUAGGUAAUGUACUAGUCUUUAUGUUGCUAUUUCAUACUCUCACAAAAAUAAACUUAAGCUCAAGCAA